AUUACAGCGAUCGCUCGUGAUCCGUUGGGUGCAGUCUUGAGUCAGAGUGCGAGCUUAACAAUUGAGCACCCUCUGUUAAGGCUGGAUCCCUUACAGCUGUCGGUUAACAACCCUAUCCCCGGUAUCGAGUUCGAUGCAUCAGCCAGAAUCAUACCAACAGGGAACAGUGACCUCUUCUCCUCAUUGGAUGGGUCUCUCACCAUUCG